CUCUGCUUCAAAUUAUGGGAAAUUGACCAUGUAAAUUGUAAUAUUAUCACAUUCACUGAUCAUUCAAAUAGAUUACAAGUCACCGUAAUGAUGGAAAAAAAAAGCUAUGUAAUUUAAUCAAUUCAAUGUACCUUGCUAUGAAAUGUCCACUGAAAGAACUCGAGAAGCAGUACAUGGUGUUGGCCUCCUAGGAUUCUUCUUCUAGGUUGAAUUUUUCGUGAUAUAAAGACGAAUCCUCUCUUUGUCGACCAGUAUGCUGGCUGUCUUGUUUCCUCCGGAAAAAUUCAGCUAGAUACGAAACCAGAAGUGCCCUCAUAUUGUGUUGCAACCAAGUUCAUUGAUGAUAAGUUGUUGAGUUCUCUCAAGCAUGAUGAGGAGCUUCGGCAGGUUGUAUUUUUGACAGAUGGGAUGGAUACUCGACCAUAUAGACUCAACUGGCCCCGAUCGACCUUAAUAUUUGACAUAUCUCCAGAAAAGGUGUUUACGGCAGCAAGUCUCAAGCUCAAAGAGGUAGGGGCCAAGACUGGGAGAAGCUGCUUGUUCAUUCACAUACCGUCGGAGUCCUCUGAUAUAGAAGUCAUAAUGCGCAAGAAAGGAUUUAAAGGUACCAGACCAAGUUUUUGGGUUCUUCAGGGACUGCCUCUCCUGAAUUUGGUGAGCUUUAAGGAAAUUUUGAAUGUAGUCAGUAAUUUAGCUAUAAAAGGAUGUCUUUUAUUGGGGGAACUUCCAUCUUGGCUUUCAGAAACUGAAGUGAGUUCCAAGUCCACCCAAAACCAAUGGAUUGAUAACCUCUUUAUGAGCCAUGGUUUCCAAGUGAAUAUGAUCCAGUAUGAUCAAGUCGCAAGAGAUUUUAGGAAAGAACUGAAAGAAGAUGGAAAUAGGAACAUUCUCUUUGUUGCGGAACAACUGCGAUAUUCUGAUGAUCAGGUAAAACAUCCCACAAGUUCCAUUAUGAUUUUAUAUUGCCAAAACACCGUAGUCUUAUUUUCCUUUUUUCUGGCUUCUUUCUUUAUGAUCAUGAAUUUUUUACCAAUUUCUCGAUACCAUUAUGCAUAUGUUGAGUUCCUAAUUAAGGAGGACAAGAUUUACGCUUGCUUUUCCACAAAGCAUGAUGGCAAUUGUGUUGAACUUCAUGAUUGUUAAAUGUGGUCAUUUUCCAGCAAUCGUAAGAAUCCUGUUUUUACAGCUUUCCACUUGCUCCAGAUCACAUUUUUGUGCUGAAGGAUACAAUUUCUGAAGCAUAGGUUCAUGAAUAAAAACUGAAUUUAAUCUUUAAAGUGUCCAGCUAUUUAAAAUUUGAAAUUGAUCAGAUGGAGACAUGGAGAAGAGAAUUCCAGAGGAUAGAGGAAGAAGCGGAUGAAGAAGGCUUCGAGGAGCUGUAAUGGUGUUGGUCGGAUGUGAUUUAAUGGAGAAAAUGCAACUUCUGGAGUAGGUCAUGAUGGUGCCAGAAGUUGAACAUGCUGGCCCGGCCAUGAUUUUUUUUUGUUUUUGUUUUUGCACAGAAUAGAGAUCGCUCGCAGUGAUUGUGCACCAUUAGUUUAAAAGAGGUGACAGCGAUUCGUUUGAAGGCUUUAGAUUCAAAUAGGUUAGACCGGAAAGAUCAAACAUUUCAAAACAACUAGCAACUUCAUUCUCAUGAAUGAGGUUUAUGAUGCUCUCUAUUUCGCUUCAUAACCAGAGUCAUAUUCUACCUUACUUCUUUGCAUCUUGAACAAAGGCUAUUUGGAAUGGUGAUUUUGUUAUAUAUGCACAACCCAUUCUUCGUUUUUCCCCAUUCACUCUGGAAUAUUUAGGGCUUGUUUGGCCAACAUUUUGUUUUAGUUUUUUAUUUGGAUUUGAG